AUGACUAUGGUUCGGCAGUACCCCCCGCAGCCGCCGUCGCAGCUUCCCUCCUCCGUGGCCUACAACAACAUCGCUCCUGCCCCCGCCCACGCCCCGUUCCUGCGCAAUGCCGCCAACCUCGAGGGACACAGUCUCGCUCAGCAAGCGCGACCGCAGCAGUACGCCCACCCGCUCUCCAGACACAACUCGUACGGCUCCCAGCCCUCCGAGUCUGGCCGGACACCCAAACCCGCAGAACACAUGCUUCGCCGCAAGACGCCCAACGGCAUUCUGGCAGCUGCGUACGACGGCACAUCUGUCGAAAAGAACGGAGAGCCGCAUGCAACCAAGCACAUUCUGCUCCCCGUGACAGCUGAAUCAAAACCACCAUACGGUGUCAAGCAGGAUCUCCCUCUUCGCUCGCCAGGUGUCAACAGUGGUUUCGGACAUGGUCAACAGAACACGCCAGAAUGGAGUCCCAGUCGUUACUUCGAGACCGGGUCGGGUCUUACAGGCCAGCACCUGCCCCAGAUUGAUUCUAUGCUGAAUCAAAUACCCACAUUACAACCUCUUCUUCCAUAUCAGAUGUAUGGCCAUCCCUUCUGCGGGCCUAUGGGCCCGCCCUUCCAGGCGCCUUUGAAUCCGACUGUUUCCAACGACCAAGGACCAUUCGGACCCUACUGGCACGACGGCACUUACAUCCCAUAUCGGCCUGCUGCUAUGCGGGAUCCUCGCAUGGAUCCACCACGUACCUUGCGGCGGACCUCCGGCUCAGUCGCAAGCGCCCAUCAGAAUCUCCGUCAGGGCCUGCCUCCGAGUAUGACCGCUGCCUCAGCGCUCGAAGCGAUCACGAAGCAUUGUGAAGAGAGUAAAUGGAGCUGGAUAGAUGGCAUACUUUUGGGCGGUUGUCUCGCGUAUGCACUAGGUGACUAUCAAAAGGCUCAGGACUGGUACAAACACAUCCUUACCUUGGACAAAGAUCAUGUUGAAGCUAUCUCGAACCUUGCAGCUACAAUGCUUGCUCUUCAGCAGAAGCGUGAAGCCGAAAACUACUGGAGACGCGCAGUGAAACUUCGCCCCAGUUACUUCGAAGCUGUCGAGCACCUGAUUGGAUUACUCUGUAGUGACCACAAAGGUCGUGAAGCUGUUCAGGUCAUCGAAGAAGUUGAACGCCAUUUGAGAUUUGCCAAAAGGGCCGACGCUCUUCGGAGCCUCGAAGUUGAGAGCGAACGUUCUGCCUCUGAAAUAAGCGAGUCAAGUCUGUCGGAAGCGUCUGAUCGGCCCGUGUUUGAGUUCGAGGGAGAGGACGAAGCCGUUUUCAAGGAUCUAGACGAGCUCCCUGGCUCGGACCAGCCAGGCUUUGGUUCAAGCGGAUAUGCCAUUGCUGGUUGCGACAACGGUCGCGUUCUAGCUCUGGUACAUGCCAAGGGCAACAUGCUGUACGCACUCGGCGACAAUGCCGGUGCCGCCAGGGCUUUCGAGAACGCGGUCCUCAUCGCAUCUGGUCCUCAUCCUAAUGGCAUCGAUGGCCUCAUCAGGCGCAUUCUUGGCGUCGUUGGAUACAAUGUAGCGGAACGCUCUCCAGGAGGCCGACGUAUGCCCCCAUCGUCUGAUCCUAUACUGCUACCGCCGGACGCAGCGACCAGAACGGCUUUGCUCUGCUUUGCGCCGCACGGCCAACUUCCAGGUCUGAAAUACGUUCCUAGCGAAGGUCUCUCUAGGAAAGCGGCUAUCUCGACUACAAGCAACUCUCUGCUUUCGCUAGCAAAGAUUUUCCAGGACGGCAUGGCAACCAAUUCACCCAAGAAUACCGUUUACCAAAGCAACUAUGGUGUACGAGAGAUUUUGGCUCUAUACUACCUGUCGCUUUCCCUGCAGCCCAGCCCAUCGACAGCAAACAACGUAGGCAUUCUUCUCGCUAGCGUACAGCAAUCUGCCCCUUCUAAAGCCAAUCCAAUGUCGCAUGCUUUUGCCGGACCCCAAAUCCCUGGGCUGAUGCCCGGUAGUGGAGUAGCUCUUGCGCUUGCGUACUACCACUACGGACUCCAGCUCGAUUCAUCCCAUGCGCAUCUCUAUACAAACCUUGGAAGCCUCUUGAAAGAUAUUGGCCAACUAGAUUCUGCUAUAAACAUGUAUACACAGGCAGUCAAGUGUGAUCCGAACUUCGACAUUGCUCUCGCCAACCUCGCCAACGCCGUCAAAGACAAAGGCCGGAUAGCUGAUGCCAUUUACUACUACAGAAAAGCAGUAAAGUCCAGUCCGGACUUUGCCGAAGCUGUCUGCGGGCUUGCUAAUGCCCUUAACUCUGUUUGCAACUGGGCUGGCAGAGGUGGUAUUGCCGAGCACGGCGGAUCAAGAGACCGCUGGCAUGUCAACGAUAGUGGCAUGCUUCUAGACGCCAAGAUACCCGGUGCUUCGAGCUCAGGUUGGAUCCACAAAGUCGUGAAAUUGGUCGAGAAACAGCUUGCCGAUGGUGAGGACUGGGGUCGAGGCAUGAUGAAUGAACAAUUCAUACAAGAUGUCAUCCGUCCCCUGGCUCUCACGGGGAGCACGCAAAAUGUGAAAGAGAAGGAAAAUAGCAUGGUGUCAGUGUUGCAGCAAUGGAAGGGUCAAAAGUGGGAGGGUGCUCGCAUCGUACGACUCGUUGAGCGUGCUAUACGAUGGAUGACUUGGCAAUGGUACCAGGAUCGCUACGUAACUGGAACGCAGCGACCACCGGCCUCCUACAAGAGACCUCAAUUGCCAGCAGCUUUGACGGUACCUGCGGCGCCUACUGUCCUACCAUUCCACACAUUCACCUGCCCCAUGUCGGCUAAACAGAUACGCCUUAUCUCGCAACGUAAUGGCCUCCGCAUCUCGACCUCGACGUUAAGAGUCCCUUGGUUACCUGCUACCGUCUACCAGCCUCCUCCGCCACCGAAACCAUUCUUGAAGGUCGGCUACGUAUCAUCGGAUUUCAACAAUCACCCGUUGGCCCACUUGAUGCAGUCGGUAUUCGGUUUCCACAAUCCAGGUAGAGUGAGGGCAUACUGUUAUGCCACCACAGCGAGUGACGGAUCAGAACAUCGCAAGCAGAUUGAGAGGGAAUCGCCUGUCUUCUACGAUGCCAGCAGCUGGUCAGCGGAACGACUUGUUCACCAGAUAACUAAAGAUGGCAUCCAUGUUCUUGUCAACUUGAACGGCUACACUAGAGGUGCGCGGAAUGAAGUCUUCGCUGCCCGUCCCGCCCCUAUCCAGAUGGCGUUCAUGGGUUUCGCAGGUACUCUCGGCGCCGAGUGGUGCGACUAUCUUCUUGCCGAUGACACCGCUGUUCCUCCAGAUACACUCCGACAAUGGCGCCGUAACAUUGACCUGGAAGACGCUCUUGUAGACGACAACAGCGGAGGUUCAGACGAAGAAUGGAUCUACGGAGAGAACAUUGUCUUCUGCCGGGACACGUUCUUCUGCUGUGACCACCGACAAAGUGCUCCAGAUUCGCAAGGACGACAGCCCAAUUGGGAAGAAGAGCAACAGCGCAGGUGGGCCAUGCGUAAAGAGAUCUUUCCGAACCUCUCGGAUAAUGCGAUCAUCCUUGCAAACUUCAACCAGCUGUACAAGAUCGAGCCCACGACGUUCCGCACCUGGUUACGCAUUCUUGAAAAGGUCCCCAAUGCCGUUCUCUGGCUCUUGCGUUUUCCCGAUCUCGGCGAGACCAACCUCAAGCAGACAGCUCUUGCCUGGGCAGGUGCAGAUGUAGCAAGCCGCAUCAUGUUCACCGAUGUUGCACAGAAGCAUCAGCACAUUUCUAGGGCUCGUGUCUGCGAUCUGUUCCUCGAUACACCGGAGUGCAAUGCACACACAACCGCCGCCGACGUCCUCUGGUCUGGAACACCACUACUGACCUUACCUCGCUACAAGUACAAGAUGUGCUCUCGCAUGGCAGCAUCAAUUCUCAAGGGCGCGUUACCCAAGACACCAGCAGGUGCUCAAGCUGCGAAAGAGCUCAUUGCGAGCAACGACGACGACUACGAAGCCAUGGCCGUACGUCUCGCACGCAACUGCACGUAUAACGGCUACCGAGCGCAAGGCCGUUUAAGUGAGCUUCGCCGCAUGCUUUACGAAUCACGAUGGUCAAGCCCGCUUUUCGACACCAGACGCUGGGUCAGAGACUUGGAAGAUGCUUAUGAGAUAGCAUGGAAGAAAUGGGAGAAGGGAGAAGGUGGCGACAUUUGGUUGCAACAUGAACCAUCUCCGCGCGCUUAG